UUGAGCAGCAAUAUCAACAGUUACUGAACCCCUAACAUUAUUACAUUGCUAGGUUUUUAUAACCCCCUAACAUUACUAAAUCGUUAGCUGUUUAAAACCACAUGAGCAUCCGAUCAAGAGCGGGUACUCUUAAUUUGAGGGGUUCUCUAAGACGGCUCUUCUCCCUCACAUCCUCCGAGACAAGUAACACUCUAGUUAAGAGUGAACCGCCUCCCUCUCCUAAUAACAGGAUCCUUAUUGUGGGAUUGGGAAACUACCCUGCUCCAAGAUCCAGACAUAGCGUCGGUCAGUAUUUGUUGCGCGGUAUAGCAGAACGGAACUCUGUAGAAUUCUCAUACAAACGGAGCUGUAAAGCUCACCUUGCUUCCUUUCAAUAUAACGAUGCGGAAGUGUUCCUACUCAAGCCGAAGCAUUUUAUGAACCUCAAUGGAAAAAGUGUAGUAAAAGCCGCCUCAGUCCUCCAGAUCAGCCCUACUCACGUGGUUCUACUCCACGACGAACUGGAUCUACCACUCGGCAAGUUCAAGGUGAAACACGGAGGCUCCGCAAACGGGCACAACGGCGUUAUUGACUCUCAGGAGCGAAUGAAAUACAACGAUAUCAAACGUCUUCGUAUUGGCAUAGGUAGGCCAGAUAAUAAAGAAGACGUAAUGGACUACGUGUUAGAAGAUUUCACACGGAAUGAGCGCAACCAACUGUCAGCCAUGAAAGAAACUAUGAUCGAUACAGUGCAUCAGAUAAUUGCUGUCAUGCUCUCCCCUCCAGAUGAAAACAAACCGAAAGUUAAUCAGCCAAAAAAGAAGAAAAAACCAAGGCCAGCUAAGCCUGAAACUGCUGCUAUCACUGCUGACAGUGCGUGCACCACUGAUACCACUAAUGUGACAGUGGAAGGGAGUAUAGCAGAAACUGCUGAACCAUGUUCUGUGGUGAAUGAACAGGAUGAAAUAUCAGCAGUUGAAAUAGUUGCGGAGGACGAUGAAAUAUCAGCAGUUGAAAUAGUUGCGGAGGACGAUGCGGUGGUCCCUGAAACUACCUCCAAAACCCCACAACCAGAUUCUCCUGUUAACUAAAACCCAGUUAACUACAACAACAACUCUAACCGAAACUCAAGGGUGCCGGAACAGCCACCCAGUACACCCGGCUCACCAGGCAGACGACGUUUCUCCAGUGAAACAGUUCCUAAAAUAUUUCCGUACGACGAGCAGGACGUGAGGAAGGAUUACAAUAAGAGGGAGAGUAAGAUAGAAAGAACCUGCAAUAAGAGAUUAGAUUACCGACAUUAUAGGAUGGAUAGGAGAGACUCUGAUUCCAGUAGAGAGUGAGUACAGGUUCUCAGGGAGUCAGACUCCAGCAGAGUCGAGAUAAGGCAUUCAGGUUCCAGUUCAAAUUGAGAGGAGAGACACAGAUUCGUACAGAGAUUGAGAAAUGAGACUUAGACUGAAGCAGAGUUAAGAAAAGCGGGUUCAAUUCCAGCAGCGAUUGUGAAAAUGGAAACAGAUUCCAGUAAAUAUCCAGUAGACAUUGAAAUAGAUGAUCAGACGCUAUCAAGCUGUGGUAGACAAGAGCGGCUUGAAUCAUGAGUGAUCGUGAAAAUAGAAACAGAUUCUAUAGAGUCAGAUUGUCAGAAAGGGUACUGAGAAAUCUAGAUUAGAGAUUGAGACAGUUACUAGUCAAACGAACUUGAUUUAGCCAUUAAAGAGUAAAACUCUUAGGACUGACCAUUGUAAUUCUUCAGAGAUGAGCUGCAAAGAUAUUUGAUCAACUAUUGACUGUAUGAUAAUACCGCUCAAUUACGUACGGACUGUAAGAAUUAGCUAGGCUUCUGUCGUUAUUUAGACGACAUAAUGGUUAUAUAUCCAAUAUCAGACAGCAACUUCGCUGAGUGAACAACCUGAUUUAGUCGAGUUUUAGAGUCUCAUUUGAUUUUGUUGACCGAAUAAUUAACCUAACUACUACUUACUCCAGCGAAGUUUUAAAGGUGAUUUUCUUUUGGGAAAACAAGUAAACUUUUAUUGUUUAGUAGAACAAAUGACUGUUGUUAAGUUUUAUUAAUAAAAUACGUAAUAUACGUAUUACGUAUCGAUAUGUUCGAUAAAACUUCUGUUGUUUUAAACGUAUUGAUGCUUAUACAUCAGAAUGUGAUAUUCUGAUCGAUAAUUGUUAAAUUGAUAUAUGAAUUUGACUUAUAAACCGGAUAUGUUCAAUUAUAACAGGUUCUGUGGUUACAUUCCUUGUCCCACAAAGAAAUUUUACCAGUUUUUGUUUAUUAUUUUUACGUG